AUGGAUUCUUGGCCGCGCGAUGACAGAGAAUCUAGAAAGUCUACGUCUGGAGAUGGAGGAAAGAAGAAGGUGGAGAACAUAACCAACGGCUUCCCAAACCUUCGACAAGGGAUGGUUGGAGCUGCGACUCUGGUCAAGAAAUCUGGACGGUUGGAGUGGUCGUUUGUGCAAGAUUCUUCUUCUUCACAAGCUAAAGCAUGGAGGGUGGCUACUUCCUCGAGCAUCUUUCCAAACACCCGCGCUCCAGUUCUACCUCAGCCAACGCUUACGGCCAGGCAGCAAGGAGAACUACAAGCCAAUUUCUUGCGAACAUAUCUCCCUGAUGUCGAGGUCCCAGCAGAGCUCGUCCGCGACCAGAUUGUAGAAGAAGUGGAGUUCAGCAAGAAUCUCCAACGCUACGAUCCGUACUUGGGAAAUUUACUGGUAUCGUUAACGAAGGCCGCCAUCAAGUCCAACACCCCUGGUAUCCUCGCCUUUGCCAUGGGCGAGGAUUUGACUCAACUAAACCUAUCGAGUUACGAUAUUCGCAAGAAUAAAGGAAUCACGCUGAAGCCUGUGGCUGAGGCAAAGGUCACUUUCAAGACACCUAUUCAGCAGCUCGUUGCAACGACGGUGGGAGCAGACCCCUUUCUUACGGUUAGAACGUAUGCGGAUAUAAACGUACUCAAAUUGAGGAAGCAAGACAACACUCGGGCUCCUGAGAGCGUGGUGACCAUCGUGAAGCAAGAAGUUGCCGACCGGAGCCCUGUCGACGUGAAGUUGAGGUCUUCGACUUUGAUCAUCGCGGACGACCACGGUGGGUUGCAUGUCCGAGACCUAAACUUCAAUUCUGCAAUUACAUCCCUGGACCCUGUUUCGGACAGUUUAGAAAAGGAGAAUAAGUUCUGGCGUGUUGGACUUGGUGCGGGCCCAACUGACGGAUUUCUGGUUUCCGGGAAGCAUUUGUGGUCAUAUGACUGGAGGACACAGUCUCGCGCAGUCGUACAACAGUGGUCAAUUCCGAGCCCCAGAGACUUCCUUACCUCUGUCGAGGACUGCAGCGCAGAGAACAUUGUCCGCCUUUGCUCAACGAAUCGAUUGGUAUGGCUCGAUCGACGGUACAUGAACGCUCCAUUGCUAUCGGUCUUGCAUUAUCGCGAACAUGAUCGAUACCUUCGAACAGAGACCCUCGGAACCCUGUCGCCUCUGACUUUCUUGACGACACGAAGGAACAGUCUAGUGUCCAUUUACGAUGCUUCUCGAGGGGGCGACGGACUGUUCCACCUUCGCGGGUCUCCAUACGGGGUUUUGCCUGCCUGUGGUGACUCGCGAAGCUUCCUGGGCGAAACCUUUAUCACCUCGCCGUUCGAGUCGGGUCGUUUUGAUGAUAUCUACUUCCUGAGGAUGUCAGAACGGGGCGCAAUAACAGGCCACGCUUUAUCGUCAUCGCCAAAUGAUGAGGAUAUCCCAAUCAAAGUGACGACUUCAAAAGAGAUGAAGCAACUCGAAGCCAGCGCGCAGAAACUAGCAAUUGACUUUGGACCCCUUGGUGGUAAAGAGAACUCCGAGGUUAACUUUUUCCCAGUGUAUGACAAGCUGUUCCGGCAAUAUUACGAUCGGAUCGACGAGCUCGAAGAAUCUGAAGCGCAGGCAGUAUAUGAUCUCCUUGAGACAAUGCCAUCCUACUUCCAGCGCUCGGAACAACCAAGUGAACAAUUGCUUACCACAUAUGACGUCGCCUUUCGAGCCGGAGAAGAACCUCAAAGCGCAUCGAGGUCUGAUUUUCUUACGGGAAGCGUUCUCAACUCUACCCGAGGGUAUCGCGCUCUGCAGCAAGGUCGCCUGGACCCCGGACCUUUGAAGAACUCGGUACCAUGGCAUUUCAACCUGGACAAUUUGAUGCGCCGUCUCGAUCCUGAACUAGGCGUUGAUUUGAACCCAAAGAAUGAUUCUCCUGCUCCGUACGCUUUAGAAGAUGACCCAGAGCGCCCGCUGCGAUCGUUAAAGAAGGAAGAGAAGGACAGAAAGCAACUUGAGCUGGACCUCGCCCUUUCACGCGACGUUUAUUCGACGUAUCCGUUGACAGCCUCAGCCGAUGUGGACCACACACUGGAAACAAUGACGGAGGCUCUGACUCUCGGUGACGAACCACCUCCGAUGGAGCUUUCUUUCUUCAAGCCUGUUCGAAAGGAUCACUACGACUCGGAAGAAUCGGCCGGACAAUCUGCAUCGGUCGAAUUUGGAAUGGGUGUUCGCCUUCUGUUAAAGGAUUGGGAGCUUGGGUCCAGCCUGAACAACUAUCAAUACCGAGACCCUUACAACACUUUCGAUGGACCGAGGGUCGAGCUGGAACCUUUGAGUGAAAAGGCAGUUUACGUACCUCCACCACCGGCAGCGGUACCUCCAGUUGUUACGCAACGACCCCCUACACUUGUCAUUGCUAAGCCCAACCCAACGUCGAACCAACCACCCGUACUUGCCACGGCGAAGACUCGACAGUCCCAACAAACAAUGCCUCUAUGGGGGAUGCAAACUCAAUCUCAGACCUCGGAGGAGUCGCAGAGUCAAAGUAUGAUGCCAAGUACACAGAUUCUACCAGGGCCCUUUGGGGGGAGACCCACAGCGAAGAAGAAACCGGUCAAAAAGCGGAUUGGAGGAUUCUAG